CGCUGGGGAGGAGAGGGGGGGCUUGCUCCGCCAAAUUUUAAUUUAUUUUACGUCAUUUUAAGUGUGCCAGCCUUUAAAUAUGACCCCCGCCCUUGGUUUGAUGCGGUAGAAGUCGUUAAAUGAGGUAAGGAUUAUAACGUUUCAUCGCCAGCGGCAAGCUGAGCCCGUGGGCCGGUCGAUGAAAUUUAUGAGUACCGACUCGAAGGUUUUUCCUCGGGAGGGGACAGCAGGUAAACAGUCCCGGGGAUGUCUGAGGAGGCUGUCCGCCAGACACGCAGCCAGAAGAGGGCGCUGGAGAGGGAGGCUGCUCCCCAGUCAAUAGUACCCUCCAAUGCUGUAACUGAAAGCAAAAAGCCUAAAUUGGACCCGUUUGUACCUACAGCACAGGAACAAACAAAUUCUAAACAUGAUCCUGUAUUGGCACAGGACAGUCAGAGCCGGACUAGCACCGGAUCGGCUCAUGAGAAGGAGCAAGAGCAGAGCCGAUUGCCGAUAUCUUUAGUGUUACCCUUGGCCUCCCAAGGGGUAAAGGAUGAUCAGGAGCAGACCCUCAGGCAACCGAAGGUAGAACCCAGCUCAGACAAUCGAACUGAGUGCAAUGACAAAGCCAGCAGGGCGAGGACGGAGUCGGGUAUGGAUACAAGGAGCCGGGUCCGCUUGACAGAACCAAGGUCGUCCAGUGGCAUGCUGGCUGCAGGCGAGGUGAAGGCCACCAUUAAAGUGGAAGUUCAGAUGGGAGAGCAGCCCGUGGACAUGAGCACCUCCAAAGGCAGCAUAAAAAGGGAGAAGCGCCCUCUGUCCCCUGAAGAUGACGAUGUCAUUAUCUUGUCGGAUAACGAUUCCCCCAGUCCACCAAUGAAUGGCCUGAGUCACUUUAAAGAGCUGGACACAGACCUUCUCAUGAAGAGCAGCCCGGCAGAGAGGGGGCGCAUCAUCAAGCAGCUGAAAGAGGAACUGAGACUGGAGGAGGCCAAGCUGGUGCUGCUGAAGAAACUCCGACAGAGCCAGAUACAGAGGGACACUCUCCAGAAGCCCUCAGGUGUGUCCAGCUCCACUGCUCCCCCUCCUCUAAUUCGAGGAACAGUCACAAGCAAUAAAGGCUCUCAGCAGAUUUUGGCAGGCAGGAGUUCAGGCACAGUCAUCCCUCCACCACUGGUGAGAGGAGGGCAGCCAGGCAAACAUGGCUCCCAGAUCAUCAUGCCGCCUCUGGUCAGAGGGGCACAGCCCAUCUCUGUAUCUCCACAGCAGAUCCAGGCUCUUCGCCACCAGCAGCAGCAGCAGCAGCAACUGGCUGCCUCCGGAGGCUCAGGCUCGGGACCCCCUCCUCUGCUGCUGGGCCCCAGGACCUCAGCCCCUGCAGGCCAAGGCCCGAGAGGCAUGGGCCAGCCAGGCCUCAGAGUUGGCAGUAGUGCUAGUAUACUGGUCUCGCCAUCCAGUUUGAAGGGUUCCUCAGGAAGCAGUGGUGUGUCUGUGGUUAGCAUGAAUGACUCUCCAGCCAGCCGCCAAGCUGCAGCUAAACUCGCCCUGCGGAAACAACUAGAGAAGACCCUCCUGGAGAUUCCCCCACCCAAACCCCCUGCACCAGAGUUUAACUUCCUGCCCUCAGCAGCUAAUAAUGAGUUCAUCUACCUGGUGGGACUGGAGGAAGUGGUACAGAAUCUGCUGGAUACCAUCCACAGAGGAAAGACAGGCGUAGCACUGUCCAAGCCCUUUAUCAGAGACCCCUUCAUCUGCACUCAGUGCAACACUGACUUCACCUGCCGCUGGAGGCAAGACAAGACUAAAGGCGGGGCAGUGUUCUGUGAAGACUGUAUGUCAUCCAAUCAGAAGAAGGUUUUGAAAGCUGAGCACACCAAUAGGCUGAAAGCUGCGUUUGUCAAAGCACUUCAACAAGAGCAGGAAAUAGAGCAACGAAUCAUUCAGCAGACGUCCUCACCAGUCUCCCACAGUAGCUCCUCAUCCUCUUCAUCCGCCUCUUCAUCAAUGAAAGCCGAGCACUUGGUGUCUCAGAAGCUGAAGCAGGCUCGGGCCAGAGUGUCCUCCCUCCAGCACCACCACCAGGCCAGCCCAGGAGCCAACAUCAUUCACCAUCACUCCAUCAAGCAGAGCUCCCAGGGUCAGCUGUCCCACGGUGUCUCAUCAGUGGGAGUGAGGGGUGUCCCCCACUCCUUCUCCUCCUCCUCCCAGCUGCAGAGUGCAGUGGCGGCCGCAGCUUUAGUCAGCCGGCCAGGUAAGCAUGCCCGUGUUUCCCACCACUCUGUCCAGAGUUCAAAGGUGAGCAGCAGUGGAAUCAGCAGCGGCAGGAAUAUCAGCGGAGGUAGUGCCUCAUCCACUGCAUGGAAGAAGCAGAGCCACAUCAAUACAGGAGUGACUAUGGCCUAUGUGAACCCCAGCCUGACAGGUCACAAGACGGCAGCCAUCGUAGACGCUCGUCAGAGGGAAUACCUGCUGGACAUGAUCCCCUCGCGCUCGUCGAUCUCGCAGACUGCAAAUACAUGGAAAUAAUUGAAAUACUCUUCUAUUCAUUAGUUUUGGUCAAAGUUCUUCAACUCCAAUAAGGUCAACAGCACCCCACAGAGGACUGUUAAGCAAAUACAAUCUCUCAAAGUGAAGAAAUGUCCCUUACUUACCUUUUGUAUGAUUGUUGUUGUUUUUUUUUAUGUGGUUUAUUUUGAGGUUCGCUGUUCUUUGGUAAUUGUGUAGAAACCAUAUUGAUUUGACUGGGGUAAAGAAAAAAAAAAACAAAUACUUGAAGGGCUUCCCCUGGGUACUUCUGUCCUCCUGACAGACAGUUGUUAAAUAAUGGUUUUGUCUGCUUUGAGUACUUUAAUAAAAAUGAGUACUCUGUUCUGGGCUUAUGAGCCCUUUCUGCCAUGAUGUGGGUCAAACUGACCCACUCUUUUGACACUUGAAUGGUUGUAGUCAUACCCAAGAGUUCACCUUUAAUGAAAUACACAUUGAUUUCAAGCAAAUACAAAAUAACUGAACUGUAAAAUUUUCAGUAAUUAGCCUUGUAGUUAACGUUUUGUUUUGGUUUAUUUUGUAUUUACAGUAAAUUAUUUUGUUUUUGUUUUUUAAUAUGAUGUUUAAAAUCGCUCGGUAUAUUGUGGUUUCCACAAAUGAAGAGUUUAUUGUAGCUUUUUUUUCCCCCAGUUUAACAGCAUGCCUACCCUUAACGCCUGUUUAUUUUGCACCUUAGCUGAAGAAGCAUGGUGUUAUUGCUUAAUUCAUCUGUAAUUACCAUUUGUAAUUUACUUAUUUUAUAUUAAUGUCAACAUUGUAAGAUUAUUUUGAGUGUUAUGUUAUUGCUGAAUUAAUGCAAACUCUGAAGGAGAUGAAUUUUCCACCCUGAAACCAGAGACCUUUUCUCCAGUAUAUUCAGCCGGAAUCCAUACAAUAUGUGGCAUCACUGUGGCAUCAGCGUAGCCCUGGAAUCUGUUGUAAAAGGAACAUUUCCCAGCCAUCAAGGUCCUGGAAUACACAGCAUUACAUAAUUUCUCUCCUUCCAGAUCUUAAUUGCAUUGUACCAACUUAUGUUAACAUUUAUUUGGUUUUUUGGGCAUUUUUCCUAGCUC